GGUUUGGUUAUGGAUGAACUUCACUUUGACUUUUCUAACAAUAGAUUUCAAAGUGAUCCUUGAACAGGCCAGCCCAUCCGAGUCCGAGAGGAAAUGUGGGAUGUGAAACUAUUUUAGUCCUUCAGGCUGAUAUUCAGGCUUCAUGGUUUCUUAAAGUCGGAAUCAGUGGUAAACUCCUUUAGAAAUAGGAUGAGGAUGAAUGUAUGGGAAUGUACCAUUAACCUACAGCCUGACUGAGAUUAAAAGAGCAAAGAGUCAAGAGGGGACACCGGCUGCAUAACCAUGGAUGACAUCUUCACACAGUGUCGGGAGGGGAACUCGGUGGCUGUUCGCCUGUGGUUGGACAACACAGAGAAUGACCUCAACCUGGGUGACGACCACGGCUUCAGCCCCCUGCACUGGGCAUGCAGGGAAGGGAGGAGCGGCGUUGUUGACAUGCUCAUCAUGAGAGGCGCUCGCAUAAACGUAAUGAACCGCGGAGAUGACACACCGUUGCAUCUCGCCUCCAGCCACGGACACAGAGACAUCGUGGCUAAGCUGAUUCAGUGCAAAGCAGACCCAAAUACAGUCAACGAACAUGGGAACACACCGCUCCACUACGCCUGCUUUUGGGGUCAGGAUGAGGUUGCAGAGGACUUGAUGACCAGCGGUGCCCAAGUGUGUACGUGCAACAGGUAUGGACAGACACCUCUGGAUAAGGCCAAGCCCCACCUCAGACAGCUGCUUCAAGAAAAGGCAGAGAAAAUGGGCCAGAGUACGACCAAAGUCCCCUAUAAGGAAACCUUUUGGAAGGGCACCAUGCGAACACGACCUCGUAAUGGCACCCUCAACAAGCAGGCUGGUAUUGAUUUCAAGCAGCUCUCUCUCCUGGCAAAGAUCAAUGAAAACCAGUCUGGAGAGUUAUGGCAGGGUCGGUGGCAGGGGGAUGAGAUCGUCGUCAAGGUGCUGCAGGUGAGAGACUGGACCACCAGGAAGAGCAGAGACUUCAACGAGGAGCAUCCCAAACUCAGGAUCUUUUCUCAUCCAAACAUUCUGCCUGUUCUUGGGGCCUGUCAGGCGCCUCCUUCUCCUCACCCCAUCAUCAUCACCCACUACAUGCCGUACGGAUCCCUCUACAACAUCCUCCACCAGGGCACCACUCUUGUGGUCGACCAGAACCAAGCAGUGAAGUUUGCAUUGGAUAUCGCCAGCGGCAUGGCUUUCGUCCACACCUUAGAACCAAUGGUUUCCCGGCUUCACCUCAACAGUAAGCAUAUCAUGAUUGAUGAGGACAUGACAGCCAGGUUAAGCAUGGCGGAUGCAAAGUUCUCCUUCCAGUGUCCGGGUCGUAUGUACUCUCCAGCGUGGAUGGCCCCUGAAGCGCUGCAGAAGAGGCCUGAAGACAUCAACAGGAGAUCUGCUGACAUGUGGAGCUUUGCUGUGUUGCUAUGGGAGCUGGUCACCAGGGAGGUGCCCUUCGCUGACCUCUCACACAUGGAGAUUGGCAUGAAGGUGGCCCUUGAGGGUCUCCGGCCCACUAUUCCUCCAGGGAUUUCCCCUCACAUCUGUAAACUUAUGAGGCUCUGCAUGAACGAAGACCCGGCCAAGAGACCCAAGUUCGACAUGAUCGUCCCCAUCCUGGAGAAGAUGCAAGACAAGUGAAGGCAUCAGCUGCAGCAUGUACUCUCCUGCUAUUAUGUUUCUUUUUAAUCAUCAAACCACUCGUAUCAUCACUUCAACCAUGUAUCCGCUAAGCUGCUGUAAAUAAUGUCAGAGACCACUUCAGCCACACAAUUCAAAUCUGCUUUUCGUGUAUAAUUUAAAAUUGAGGUAUAAAUGUUCUUUAGCGUAUCUCUGAGCUCUUUUAUUAUAAUGCUGAAUUGAAAAUGCUGGCAGACCUUUAAGUCCAGUGUGGAUUAUAUUCAGCGAUAUGUCAGGCACAAUUGCUUAGAGACUGAUCCAAAGAAAUGUGUAUAGAAACAUUGCUUUUAUACACAUCAACAAAUGCCAAUGCAAUAAAUAUUUUAUAUUUAUGACAAA